AUGGAGAUCGAGAGCAACCUUCGGGUGACAUUUUCCAGAAGAAAGACCCGAUUGUUCAAAAAAUCUAAUGAACUUACUACACUUUGUGGAGCCGAGAUGAUGUUCAUUAUAUUUUCUCCAAGGAGGAAGGAGACCCAACAACUAAUGGAGGCUCACAAGAUAUCCAACAUAAGUGAAUUAAAUGCUCGGGUUUUGGAGGUCCAUGAAUUACUAGAAGUCGAGAAGCGGCGCGGAAAGUCGAUUGUUCAAGCCUUGCAAGCUGGGAAGGAACAUAGGUGGUGGGAAAGAUCAAUUGAAGAGAUGACUUGUGAACAACUUAAACAUCUCAAAGGAUCCUUGGAAAAUGUGAAGACCCUUGUCGCUCAAAAUAUGUUUUCCAACCCAAUUGAGUUGGUUUGGCAUUGA